UUCUGUGGUUUGAAGCGCAGACGCGCGGCUCGUCGCCAGUCUCGCGCACGGGUACUGUCGGUCCGGUGUCGUAAUGCAUGCGCGGAUUAUCGAGGAUUAGCUACGGAUAAUUGACGUAGCACUUUUGAAUGGAUAUGCGCGAUUUUUACCUCGUUGUUGGGGUUGUUACCUCUCGAGGUUCUUGGAAGUGAAGUUUGUGAUGGUGAUUAGGUGAUUAGUGUUGGAGUGCAAGUGUGGGCCCGAGCUCGCUUUUGGAAGGCCAUGGGUUCGUUCUUCUGAUAUGAUGAUCUUCGAAAAACAUUUCAUCUGCAUCAUCUCCGUCUUGUUGCCAGUUGUUUGCGAGGUUCUUUCUACAGCACCCGAUGUCAUUCGAAUCGGUGCCUUUUUCGACUCUAGUGAGAGUGAAGACGAGGCGGCGUUCGUGCAGUACGUGGACAACCUUAACUUCAACACCAGCGGUCUCCAAAUGGACGAGGUCCCCAUCCACCUCGAGCUCGUCGUCGAGCAGCUGUCGCCGACAGACGCUUUCCGUUCAGCUAAAAAAGUGUGCACAGUCUUACAGCAAGGUGUGGUUGCGGUAUUUGGACCUAAGCACCCGGCGACAGCAUCACUGGUGCACACGGCCAGCAGUCGUCAUCACUUGGUGCAUUUCAACUGGGAACAGAAUGUACUCCAAUGGGAUGACUUCUCUUUUUCGCCAGUACCCACGGCCGGCGAGCUUGGCCUAGCCUUGAAGGAUCUCAUCGCUGCACAGCGUUGGACCCACUUUACCAUUAUCUACGAACACCCAGAUGCCUUAUUUCGACUAAAAGAAGUGCUUCACCUUCGAAGCAGCGCUGGAGGGCGGAGCUACCAUCCUUCGGUAAGACUUCGUCUCCUUCCCCCGGGAGCCGAUCACCGGCCCCUUCUACGUGAUAUCGCCAAGCACGGGGAGAGCAACAUCGUGCUCGAUGUCGCCGCUUCGAGGCUUACAGAUAUCCUCAGAUAUGCUCAAGUCGUAGGAAUCUUCUCAGAGUAUCACAACUACAUCAUCACGACACUCGAUUUACAUAUGGUUGACCUAACGGACUUCCAGAGCGUGGGAGCAAACGUGACGGGCUUCCAGCUGCUCAACGGAGAUUUAUGGGAAGACAAGAAAGCCGUCGACAGCUACAACAAAAUGGGCAUCAUGCCACUUUUUCUACGAAGCAGACGGCCACAACUAAAGCUUGAUUCAGCGCUGACACAGGAUGCGCUUCACAGUCUGGUCAGUGGAUUACAAACACUGUCGCAUAUGCGCAGUUUGAGCCGUCCCCCAGCCGUUCGUUGUGGCGCUGUCAGCUCCAGGCCCUGGUCAUACGCCCUCCACCUCACCAGCGCCAUCAAAAAGCUUAAUUUCGUCGGACAGACGGGACCAUUUCAUUUGGACGACAGUGGUCGAAGAGUGAACAUCACGCUGCACGUGGUACAACUCAAGCGGUCGGGCCUCAUUUCGAUAGGAACGUGGACCGCGCACCAUGGACUGAACAUCACCUUCACCUACACCAUGGCCUACGAAGAGGUGCUUCAAACUCUCAAGAACAAGACGCUUAAAAUCACAACCCUCAUUAACCCUCCCUACGUGAUGCUUAAACCUUUGGCCGGGAUGCUGAAGGGCAACGAUCGGUUCGAAGGAUUCUGUGUCGACCUGAUCCGCGAGAUUGCCAACAUCCUCCACUUUAACUACGAGUUUCGCCUUGUGCGUGACGGCGCCUACGGAUCGAGGGACCCUAAGGGUGCGUGGAACGGCAUGAUACGGGAGCUCAUCGAUAGGGAAGCAGACCUGGCCAUCGCUGACCUCACUAUCUCUUACAUCCGAGAGGAGGCCGUGGACUUCACGAUGCCCUUCAUGACCUUGGGCAUCAGCAUCUUGUUCCGAAAGCCGGAGCUGGAACAGACGCUUCUGUUUUUCCUCACUCCCCUCUCCGUAGACGUGUGGGUGUCCAUGGCCAUGGCAUAUGUCGGAAUCAGCGUUCUUCUCUUUCUGGUCGCUCGGUUUAGCCCUUACGAGUGGACUGCUGCGCCCCCGUGUGAGCUGAUCGAGUCCUCGGCUCACGGGCCGAUCCUCAGGAACCAUUUCACUUUGCUCAACAGCCUCUGGUUCACCAUUAGUGCCAUCAUGCAGCAGGGGUGCGAUGCAUCGCCGAGGUCUACGUCGGCGCGGAUCAUCGCUGCCGUCUGGUGGUUCUUUUCAUUCGUCAUCAUUUCUUCCUACACUGCCAACUUGGCGUCAUUCCUAACGCGAGAGCGCAUGCGUUCUCCCAUCGAGAACGCGGAAGACCUCGCUAAGCAAUCAGAAAUUUUGUACGGUUGUGUCAAGUCCGGUUCUACGGAGGCGUUUUUCAAGGAAUCCAAGUUCGAAACAUACGAGAAAAUGUGGCAGACGAUGGCCAGCGCACAGCCACCUACUUUGACCGAGUCCAAUGCGGAAGGUGCUAGUCGAGUGCGGGUCGGCAAAUACGCCUUCCUCAUGGAGUCCACUUCUAUCGAGUACAUUGUGGAAAGGGACUGCGAGCUUCAACAGAUCGGAGGCCUGUUGGACUCCAAAGGAUACGGCAUCGCGACACCAUCAGGCUCUCCGUACCGCACGCAUCUUUCAUCGGCCAUCCUGCAGCUACAAGAGAAAGGAACUCUACAAGAGCUGAAAGACCGCUGGUGGAAAGUGGACGCUCACCAUCGGUGCGCCGAUGAUGGGUCUCAGGUGAAGCCUGGCUCAGCCAGCGAACUUGGCCUGUCUAAGGUGGGCGGCGUGUUCGUCGUUCUCCUGGCUGGGCUGGGGCUCGCAUGCGUCAUCGCCUUUGCAGAGUUCAUCUGCAAGACGCGCUCUAUGAGACGUCCAAUCAAGGUAGAAGAGGAGACAUGACGAUCGCUAAAUUCUAGCUUCGCCGUCUGUCGCCAUGUGGUUCCUUCUGUGUCACAGACUCUGGGGACUGUCUUCGAGACGCCAAGUCUCGUGUCCACGCACAAGUCGUCCGUCGCCAUGUUAUAUACACUGUGUGUACAUGUGAAAUAGCUCGUAUAUUUCUAUGGAAGCGCCUUCCGGCUUCGCCAGGUGGACUUGCUGCAAUGGACGUCACUCAAACGCUUGCCAAUGAACUACUUCCAUUCGUAAGUGGAAAAUAAAUGGGGUAUAUUGUUUGCC